AUGAUUCAGAAUCGGCCUUCAGCUUCGGCCAUCCAGCCUUCGGCCAUUCAGCCUUCGGCCAUCGGCACCUUCCAUCAUUCGGCGCGUGCGAUGUCUUCACAUCCCCCCAAUGAUUCGGAAUCGUCCUUCAGCCUUCGGCCAUCCAGCCUUCGACCAUUCAGCCUUCGGCCAUUCAGCCUUCGGCCAUCGGCACCUUCCAUCAUUCGGCGCGUGCGAUGUCUUCACAUCCUCCCCAAUGAUUCGGAAUCGGCCAUCAGUCUUCGGUCAUCCAGCCUUCGGCCAUCGGCACCUUCUAUCAUUCGGCACGUGCGAUGUCUUCACAUCCCCCCAAUGAUUCAGAAUCGGCCAUCAGCCUUCGGCAUUCAGCCUUCGACCAUUCAACCUUCGGCCAUUCAGCCUUCGACCAUCGGCACCUUCCAUCAUUCGGCGCGUGCGAUGUUUUCACGUCCUCCCAAUGAUUCGAAAUCGGCCAUCAGCCUUCGGCCAUCCAGCCUUCGGCGAUUCAGCCUUCGUCCAUCAGCCUUCGGCCAUUCAGCCUUCGUCCAUCAGCCUUCGGCCAUUCAGCCUUCGGCCAUCGGCACCUUCUAUCAUUCGGCACGUGCGAUGUCUUCAUAUCCCCCCAAUGAUUCAGAAUCGGCCUUCCAGCCUUCGGCCAUCAGCCUUCGGCCAUUCAGCCUUCGGCCAUCGGGACCUUCUAUUAUUCGGCACGUGCGAUGUCUUCACAUCCCCCCAAUGAUUCGGAAUCGGCCAUCAGCCUUCAGGCAUUCAGCGUUCGGCCAUUCAACCUUCGGCCAUCGGCACCUUCUAUCAUUCGGCACGUGCGAUGUCUUCACAUCCCCCCCAAUGAUUCAGAAUCGGCCUUCAGCCUUCGGCCAUUCAGCCUUCGGCCAUCCAGCCUUCGGCCAUUCAGCAUUCGGCCAUUCAGCCUUCGACUAUCAGCCUUCGGCCAUUCAGCCUUUGGCCAUCGGCACCUUCUAUCAUUCGGCACGUGCGAUGUCUUCACAUCCCCCCAAUGAUUCAGAAUCGGCCUUCAGCCUUCGGCCAUUCAGCCUUCGGUCAUCCAGCCUUCGGCCAUCAGCCUUCGGCCAUUCAGCCUUCGGCCAUUCAACAUUCGGCCAUCAGUCUUCGGCCAUCAGUCUUCGGCCAUCAGCCUUCGGCCAUUCAGCCUUCGACCAUUCAGCAUUCGGCCCGUCGGCCAUUCAGCCUUCGGCCAUCCAGCCUUCGGCCAUCAGCCUUCGGCCAUUCAGCAUUUGGCCAUCAGCCUUCGGCCAUUCAGCCUUCGGCCAUUCAGCCUUUGGCCAUCAGCCUUCGGCGAUCGGCACCUUCCAUCAUUCGGAGCGUGCGAUGUCUUCACAUCCCCCCAAUGAUUCGGAAUCGGCCUCCGGCCUUCGGCCAUUCAGCCUUCGGCCAUCGGAACCUUCCAUCAUUCGGCUUUCUGCUAACAUGACAGAAAGAUAUAUAAGCUCUUAUUUAGUAAGCCUUGUUUAUACCAUAUUUGACCAAGCAACUAGAAGCAACUCUAGGCGAAGCAAAGAGUCCCACAUUGGAAUAUUACAAGAAGUGAAGGCUCCCCCUCACCUAUAA